AGACUGUUGAGAAUUUUGGAAGACAGCCUGAAUUUCACGACUGUCAUCAAAGUACCGCCUGCGUCCGAAGUGCCGGGAAUCGUGCUGCCGAAUGGAACAGCAACCGGUGUCUUGGGUCGUAUCCAGAGAAGAGAGGUAGACUUCGUCAUGUCAAACAGUCCAACAGUCGACCGCGAACUGGUCUUGGACUUCUCCACCCCAUACGAAUACAGUGGGUUCAUGUGGGUUCAGUCGAAACCCAUGAAACUCAACCACGGCCUAGACGCCUUCACCACUUUCUCUCCUCCCGUGUGGAUCUCAGUCUUGAUCAUCAUCAUUGCAGUUUUUGCUGCGGAUCGAUUCAUUUCAAACAUAACAUCCAUGAGGACAGGAGAACCUAUGAUCAGCCUAGUGGACAACUGGAUGGUGAUGGUUAAAACGUUGUUGAGGCAAGAGGACAUAAAGGAGAAGCCCAAGCCUGUUAGUUACAGGUGUCUGUAUGGAGGAUUAUCAGUUGGAUUCACAUUCAUGGCCAUUAUUUACAACGAAUUGUACUUUGAGCGUUUGAUGGAUCCGAUUCGGGCCAAGACUGUGGAGACCACCAGUGAUGUCAUCGAAGGAACUAAGCUAUGGUUGGCGUACAAUGGAUCAAUUUAUGAAAAUUUUGCUCAAUUCAAACCUUUGGGAUCGAAAGCCGUGUUUCAGGAUAACUCUGAACGACAAAACGUUUUCAAAUGGAUUCAGAAAUAUCCCGAUAGAUAUUUGGGUCUGAUUCCGGCCUCGCAAAUGUCAAAUCCUUCUCUCGGAUCCAAAGAAUUGAUUGCAAGUUUGGAAAGAGGGGACUUUUAUGUUGGACAAGAAUUUGGCCCAGAGUUAUUCAAAGGUAUACUGUAUUUUCCG